GGGUUUGCUGGGAGGAGUUUUCCCUCCUGCUGUCCAGGUGGUGGCUGCCCAGGUGACAGCAGGUGGGUUGGGAGCUUAGGGGUUGUGUCUGGUGGUACCACCCACCAGCAUGGAUGGAUAUGUCAGUUUGGGGGAAAAAGGGAGAGAUUUGCUGGCGGCUUUUGGAGGAGAACCCAACCAACCUCCCGAUGCUUGCAAACCCACCUGAGGAAACCUGGGAUGAGGUGUAGCCAGGAGCUGCUUGGAACUUGUUUCAAAAGAUGUGCCCUACUUUGGAUAUUCCUGCAUUGAAUGUCUGAGGAGCUCCGGCCGAUCCUGAGCCAUGUCGCAGAUGUUGCACAUAGAGAUUCCCAACUUCGGGAACACCGUUCUGGGCUGCCUGAACGAGCAGCGCCUGCUGGGGCUCUACUGCGAUGUCUCCAUCGUGGUGAAGGGCCAAGCCUUCAAGGCUCACCGGGCGGUGCUGGCCGCCAGCAGCCUCUACUUCCGAGACUUGUUCAGUGGGAACAGCAAAAACGCCUUUGAGCUGCCGGGCACCGUCCCCCCCGCUUGCUUCCAGCAGAUCCUGUCCUUCUGCUACACCGGCAAGCUGACCAUGGCCGCCAGCGAGCAGCUGGUGGUGAUGUACACGGCGGGCUUCCUGCAGAUCCAGCACAUCGUGGAGAAAGGCACGGACUUGAUGUUCAAGGUCAGCUCCCCGCACUGUGACUCUCAGACCACCAUGAUCGAAGACCCCAGCUCGGAGCCGCAGAGCCCCUGCAACCAGCUGCAGUCGGCCUCGGCGCCCUACGUCAUGUCCCCCUCCAUGCCCAUCCCGCUCCUGACGCGAGUCAAACACGAGAACCUGGAGCUGCAGGCCCUGCCCGGCCUGCCCGGCAAGCGGCCCCUGGAGCCCGGCGCCCGGGACGGGCCCGGCGGUGCCGGCGGCGCCGGCGCGGGGCCCCUGAAGCUGUCGCGAGUCUCCUACUACGGGGUGCCCAACCUGGCCACGCUGCUCCCCAACGUGCAGCAGGUGCAGUACUCGCAGGGAGAACGCACCAGCCCCGGCGCCAGCAGCAUCCCCACCACCGACAGCCCCACCUCCUACCACAACGAGGAGGACGAGGAGGACGACGAGGCCUACGACACCAUGGUGGAGGAGCAGUACGGGCAGAUGUACAUCAAGUCCUCGGGAGGUUACUCUGUUGCCCAGGAGAAGCCAGAGCAGAUCCCUCUGGAGAACCGCUCCUGUGUGCUGAUCCGCCGGGACCUGGUGGCCCUCCCUGCCAGCCUCAUCAGCCAGAUCGGCUACCGCUGCCACCCAAAGCUCUACUCCGAGGGAGACCCUGGCGAGAAACUCGAGCUGGUUGCAGGCUCAGGUGUUUACAUCACCCGGGGGCAGCUGAUGAAUUGCCAUUUAUGUGCUGGUGUCAAACACAAGGUCCUGCUCAGACGUCUCCUGGCCACCUUCUUCGAUCGGAACACUCUUGCCAACAGCUGUGGAACUGGAAUCAGGUCCUCCACGAGCGAUCCCAGCAGGAAGCCCUUGGACAGCAGGGUCCUCAAUGCAGUCAAAUUGUACUGCCAGAACUUUGCCCCGAGCUUUAAGGAGAGCGAGAUGAACGUGAUCGCGGCCGACAUGUGCACCAACGCGCGGCGCGUGCGCAAGCGCUGGCUGCCCAAGAUCAAGUCCAUGCUGCCCGAGGGGAUGGAGAUGUACCGCAGCGUCAUGGGCUCCUCCACAAACACUGUCCCCCUGGAGCCCGACUUCCAGCCCAACGCGGGCCAGCCCUUCGAGCAGCGCAUCUAUGCAGAGAGGAGGAGCGAGGCGGGGACUAUCGUAGCCCUGAGAACUAGCACAGUGAAUGUAGAGCUCAGCAACGGAUCCAGCCAGCCCUUCGAGCAGGGCGAGGACGCCGAGGGCGCCGGCUCCGUCAUCCAGGAGGCAGCUGCCACGGAUGCUGUGGCAUCGGAAACCCAAAGCACCCCCCAACCCUUCGAGCAAGGCUCGGGCUCCUCCAGCCGGCCCGAGACCCCCGUGAGGAGACAGGAUGGUACUUAUGGAGGGACUUUAUAAAGAGAGCAAACAUUUCAUGACCUAUAAGGGAUCUGUAAUACUAAAGCUGCUUGCAUGCAUUACUAAUACGAAACAAAAAAAAAUGUGAUCAAGCCACUUACCUACUGAACUGCUACUGUUGCCUGAAAAAAAUGUGAUUUUUAUUCUGCUUGUAUUUAAAAUUUAUGAAGGAAAUAAUCGCAUUCGUUAUACUGUAAACGACUAGGUCUGUGGCGACCUACUUAAAAAAAUAUUGGGCUCCUUUUUUGAUAUUCCUGAGGUUAGUCUAUAAGAUUGUAGCUUUUUCUUUUUGGUUUAUUUUUUUUCCUUUCCUUUCCUUUUUCUUUUCUUGUUUUUUUUUUUUUUUUUUUUUUUUUGGUUUUUUGUUUGUUUGUUUUAAGAAGGGGAGGAGAAAAGCUAGCCACCCCCCACCCACCACCACCCCGUCAUCACCCCAUCCAUCACUCAGCUCAGAAGUAAAGCCAUCGUUAACCUUGUCCUCUAAGGAGAGUUUUGUCACUGAACAGGAAAGCGAGGUGUGUUCGGGUGCAGGUGCUGUGACUGGCCGCGUUUGUCUCGGGAAGGGCUCGAGCCAAGUGGGAUGGGCUGGGGGAAAUUCUGGCAGUGAAAUCAUGGCCAGACCCCUCUGGAGGCAGGGGGAGCCCUGGCCGUGGUGCUGCUGUCCCGGGGAGGUUCCUGCAGCUCCCUGGAGCAGGGAUGGUGCCGCAGGAGUUUGGGCUGGCACGUGUCGGGAGGACUGCGUGGGAUGCAGGUGGAGAGCCUGGCUGCCGUUGUGGUUGUGGUCUGGUUUUUGCCCAAUAUGGCUGGGUUUGGGUUUGGUUUCUCUCUCCCUCCCUCCCUUCCUCCCUCCCAGCCACUCCUUUUCCUUUGCUUCUCCGUGUUGGCACCUUCACGUCCCCGCUCCUGGGGGACCGGGCUCUGUCACCCCUCUGCACCCCGGGACGUGCAGGUCCUGGGGCACCCACAGGGAGGGGAGGAGCCCCCCCUCAGCCUGUGAAGGGAUUUAGGGAGGAAUCUGAGCAUGGAGAGCACGUUGUUCUUGCUCCAAAGGGAGCAACACCCGGAGCUCUUGGUGUUGGCUCCUGGCAGCAUCCGCCCCAGAGGCAGAGCUCAGUGCGUGCAGAGCUCACCCUCUGCCCCUCCCUCCUCCCCAGGCCAACCAGGCUCUCACUUUUUAAUAAUUUGGAGUGUAUUGGAUGCAAAAAUUAAAAGAUAAAAUGAGCUUUGUGCCCUUCUGUGAAGAGGUUUUGGGGAGGAGGAAGAGCUUUGCCUCCUGCUCUCCCUCCCGCUGCCCCUUCUGGGGAAAACCCAACGCGGAGUUAUUUGUCUUUAUUUUUCUUGUUGCAGGCUGAUGUCCCCAGGCUGUGGUGGCUUUGGUGGCCUCGGGAUGGGACUUGUGGGUGUCCCUGGAGCCCGAUGGGCAGCAGGUACCUGCUCUGUCCCUCCCCUUUCCAAACCCCAAAGUGAGCAGAGUCUGUCCAAGGGGACACUGCAGCUUCCCCCGAGUGCUGGGGCCAGGCUGGGGUCCCACGGGGAUGGCACUGCCAGUGCCCCCAAGGGAUGGGGACAGGGACAUUAAAGCCAAGUUUGGCUUUUUCCUUUUCUUUUUUCCUUUCCUAUUUUAUUGAUGGUUAUUUUUACUGUGACUUAACGACCUGCUUUAAUGACGCUUGCAGCUUGUUCUCUAACACGUUGGGGACGAGGAACAAGGUGCACAAAGAGUCACUUUUAGGCUGCUGUGGCUGUGCUCCUCUUUUCUUUCCUGCUUUGAUUCCCUAAUCCAGACAGCGCUUUGCUCAGGGUUUUCUUCCUUCUUUGUAUUUCCAAUGGGAAAGGGGGAGUGGGGAGAGGAUAACCCAACUUUUGGCCAUUUGUUUUGUUUUCUUUAAUACUUGAAGCAGUUUUUUUGCAUCAUAAAUAACGAGGCUGCCCAGCCUGUGCCACUGCUCCUGACAAACAAAUCAAUGUUGGGGAGGGUCCUGCCCCACAUUGGGUUUUGGCACAGCUUUUUUGGGGGGACUGUGAUGCCCCAGACCAGUUUUUGGGGGCUGGUGCAGGUGCAGAGGUGUGGGAUGUUUCGGAGAAGUGGGAAUGGGCACGGCUCUAUUUGCACUUUACCCACGUCACUGAACAACCCCGGGGACCACGGGCUGAGCUCGGGGGGCUUUGUCCCCAGCUAUCCCUGGGGACACGGAGCAAUUCCUUGGCCCUGGGGUGUCCCUGUGCCCUGGGGACAGCUGCUGGAGGGCAGCUCAGCCAGCUUGGUGGGGCUCAGGUUUGGCUGAGGACCCUCCUGAUCCCCAAAUCUUUGGGUUUGCCAAAAGUCUGAGGCAAGCUGGGAGCGGCUCCGGGUGCCGGAGAUCAAAAGUCGUCCCCUGUGUGUGUGUCUGUGUGCAUAUCUAUAAAUAUAAAUAUAGAGAGAAAAGAUAUUGCAGAGGAUUCCUCCUCCUCCUUUUUGGCACUUGCUGGGGGUGGGGAGCAGGCUGAGCCCCCCAGCUGGGGGCUGCACUUGGCUGGAGGGAUUAAUUCUGGACCAAACCUGUUCCCAGACAGCCAAGGGGGCCACCAGGGGGGCAGCAGCAAAGUACUUGAAUGGCUUAGGACAGAGAGUCUGGAGAGAGUCAAGUUGCACAGUGAAAAUAUAUAUUUUUAUACCUAGCACAACUUCCUGUAUAUUUUGGGGUUUUUUUCUUUCUUUUUUUUUUUUUUCCUUUCCUUUCCCUUUUUUUUUUUUUUUUCCUGAUUUGGGUUUGUUUUAUUAAUUAUUGUUAUUAUUAUUAGGAAGGCAAACUUCUAAAAUGUGAAGGGCGUUGGGUUUUUCCUUAUCUGGUAGAUGAGGGCAAGCAUUUUGCACUAAUGUUUCCUGUGUGUGGAGGAUUAAUGAUAUGUUUGAAAAUGUUAUAUGGUAAUGAUUGUAUUCUUCCGAGAAAAAAAACCAACAAAAAAAAAAAGGCAAAAAAAAAAAAUAACCCCUUAAAACUGAAUGUAAGGUGAGAACAGAGCAGUCCAUCGAUUGUAUGCGGCUUUCCUGAGUGCCUUAGAAUUUUUUGAUCAUUUUUUUUCCAAGGAAAACAGAUUAAGAAGAUCAGAUCAUAACCAACUCCUUCCUCCUCUUUGUUUACGACACUAUUUUAAAUUCUAGAAUUUUGGGGCUGCUUUAUAAUGUGAAUAGGAAACUGCAUUCAUCUAGGUCUGACAGUGUAAAAUCAGAGCAUCAGUAUUUAUGGUAUGUCUGCACCUUUAUUCUUAUGCUUGACUAUUAGCAAUAUUACCUGUAUAUUCUAUAUCUAAAGUUAUACCAAGCACCUUUAACGAGCGCAGAGUGUAAAAGCACCCGAGUUCCCGCAGCUGCCGUAGCGUAGGACCAGCUCCUCUCCUCCUCGUUAGCGCUAAUUAAACAAACACCGCUUCGCACGGCCGAGGGGCUGCAUGACCCUCCGCCAGCCCGGUGACACGGCGACAUUCCCGACCUUUCCCGGCGGUGAGGGCAGGAGCUGGAGCGGCUCCUCGGGGCUGGCAUUGCCCCGGAGAUCCCCGGGGAUGCGGGGCUGGGAACCGCGGGCUCCGAACCCCGCAGCGCCCCGAAACUGGAACUGCCCGCGGGCUUUGGGGAGCAGAGCUGUCCCCCGGGGCUGUCCCCAGCCCUGUCCCCAGCCCUGUCCCCCGGGGCUGUCCCCAGCUCUGUCCCCAGCCCCGUCCCCAGCCCUGUCCCCGGGGCCGUGCUCAGAGCUCUCGUUUUGCUGGAAAUCGCUCGCUGCGAACGGAGAAGGAGCCGUGGGAAGCCGGGAUGAGCCCGGAGUGUCCCCAGAGUGUCCCCAGCUGUCCCCGCAGCCCCCCGUGGCCAUCCCGGGAUUCAACUGCUGUUCCAAGUGUUCCUGCUCUCCAAACCGUGCUGGGAGCGAGCGAGGGGGCGAGUGGGACGCACUCACAUUGGAAACCCCUCCACUCCUCCUCCAGUUUCUUCCACUGUUUAAAAGCGUUUUGCACACACACAGAAAUCUAAAAAAAAAAAAAAAAAAAAAAAAAAAAAAAAAAUCGUGAUUUUUAUGUCAAGGUUAUAAUAAAAAUAAUAAUAAAAAAAAAGCCAAAACUUGCAAUACUAUUUUUAGCAGACGAGAAUAAAGAAAAGAAAAAGUAAAUUAAAUAAUUAAUAAAUAAUAAAAAACAACUGAGUAUAAAUGUAUAAAUAUUUUUGACUUGAACAUUUGGAUGGCACUUGAUUCAAAUAGAACAUUAAUCCUUUGGACAGAAUGUUUGGGGAAAAAAAAAAGGACUUAAAGUACAAGGUUGUUUUUAAAGCGUCUUCAUAGGGUAUUAAGUAGUACUGUAAUUCAUGACUGUUAAAAAUACUUUCUGUGCUGUAAGGAAAUCUCACAGUACCACUGAAUUAUGUUCCUCAGCUGUCUCAGCCACGAACGACGCUAGCUUCUUUUUUUUUAUUUUUUAUUUUAUUUUGUUUUUUUACCAUGCAUUAUUCACUAGUAUUUAUGUGCUCUUACUCUGUAUAGUUCAGACUGUUAUUUUGUAGCCAUGGCUGACACGAUAUAUCAGUAACUAAACAAAAAAAAAAGAGAGAGAAAACAUGAAGACCCCCCCACCCUGAGCUGGAACUGUGCUCAUAGCUGUUUUCAUAUGACGAAAAAAAUCCAUUAAAAAAAAAAACAAAAAACAAAAAAAACCAACCCAAUGUGAUCAUUAAUUGUAAAGCGCUUUGUAAAAUUCACAUUUACAAAAUAAUA